CCGUAAGGCAGUCGUUAGAAAUCCUGACAGUGACAUACUCCGCAAUUGUCCGCCGCAAAAUGAAAACUUGAUAAUCUUCGGGGUUUUAUACAAAAUUCCCGUGCGAAAUCGCCAGCCUUCCAUCCAAAGUGCAUCAUGGCGGAGCCAGGCUAUGUGUCGAUAUGUGAUCUCGACUUCACCGACUUGACCCUCUACCAGCACCCACCAUGUAUGUUCACGCUUUGGUGGCUGGGAAUUUUCGUCAACGCCAUUUGGGACCCCAUUAAAGAAGCGAUCGAGCAUAUUCUAAAGAGUGAAGGUGGCGGUGACGAAUGGCAGUACCGGUAUACUGGAUUCAACACCAAAAUACCAGAUCACUCAUUUCCACCGGUUUGUCGUCUCUAUCGGUCAGCCCGCUAGUCCUUAACCCGUCUCAAGGCGAGGAAGGCGACGAAGAAGUCGUCGCUGAUGAUGAAGUCGUCGGUGAUGAUGAAGUCGACGGUGAUGACGAAAUUGACGGUGAUGAAGAACAAGAAGGAGGAGAAGAGGCAGGAGGUGCAGAGAAGGCUGGAGGAGAAGAAGAAGAGGAGGAAGAAGGAUAAAUAAUACAAUAACAGACAAAUAGCAUUAACUAUAUAUCUCAUUUUAUUAUCGCGGCUUCAUUAAUAUACAUGUCAUAAGCAGGUGGAUUUUUACUCGAUUAUUUUUGGUUUAGAUACACACUGUUCUUAAAGUCGAGACUUUCCUUCACAUAGGAUAUAAUGCUUGUAUAAAUAAAAAUGUCUCCUAUAUGCGCACACAAGCGGUCCAGGGGUAUUACGUAUCUUGAAAAGUGAUAUUAUGUCGUUUUUUUCAUUGUGUCGGUUUUUU